AUGGCGGAGAACGAUCGUUUAAACAUAGACAGUAUCAUCGCCCGACUUCUAGAAGUGCGUGGUUCACGUCCCGGAAAAAAUGUUCAGCUGACGGAGCAGGAAAUCCGCGGCUUGUGCCUGAAAUCUCGGGAAAUUUUCCUUUCUCAGCCCAUUUUAUUGGAACUCGAGGCUCCUUUAAAGAUAUGUGGUGACAUCCACGGGCAGUAUUACGACUUGUUGCGGCUGUUCGAAUACGGCGGUUUCCCGCCGGAGUCAAACUACUUGUUUUUGGGCGAUUACGUAGACAGAGGGAAGCAGAGUUUGGAGACGAUUUGCUUGUUGUUGGCGUACAAAAUCAAAUACCCCGAGAACUUUUUCCUGCUUCGGGGCAACCACGAGUGCGCGUCCAUCAACCGGAUCUAUGGGUUCUAUGAAGAGUGCAAGCGACGCUAUAACAUCAAGCUAUGGAAGACCUUCACAGACUGCUUCAAUUGUCUCCCGGUGGCAGCGAUCGUUGACGAGAAGAUCUUCUGUUGCCACGGCGGCCUGUCGCCGGAUCUGCAAUCCAUGGAACAGAUCCGGAGGAUCAUGAGACCCACGGACGUACCUGACCAGGGAUUGCUGUGCGACCUGUUGUGGUCGGACCCGGAUAAGGACGUCAUGGGUUGGGGAGAGAAUGACCGCGGUGUGAGCUUCACUUUUGGAGCUGACGUGGUGUCCAAGUUCUUGCAGAAGCACGACUUCGACCUGAUAUGUAGGGCUCACCAGAUCCUGAAACCCGCAGACAAGAAGAAGUUUCCCUACGGAGGACUCUCAGCCGGGCGUCCGGUGACCCCGCCAAGAAGCGGACCCGUGAAGCCAAAGAAGAAAUGA